AUGGAUCACCAGGGCGCCCAGUCACAGUACAACUACGACCCGCGCAACAAUGGCCUCUCCAGACGCGCCACCGACGAGGCGGCAUCGUCGACCAACAGUCUUGCGCCCUACGACCGCACCAACUAUCCCCCGCGAUCGUCGACCGACCCGGGGGACCAGAACCAGCCCGUCGCCAAACCCAAGCGAAGUGGGAAGAUAUGUGGAAAGUGUGGGGAAGGCCUGACUGGACAAUUUGUGCGAGCCUUGGGCGACACCUACCAUUUGGAAUGCUUUACUUGUCACGACUGCGGUAAAAUCGUUGCCUCCAAGUUUUUCCCCGUACCCGACAAGCCACCCGGCCAGUACCCCCUCUGCGAAACCGACUAUUUCCGACGUCUCGAUCUGCUCUGCUUCGAGUGCGGGCAAGCCUUGCGCGGCUCCUACAUCACAGCGCUAGACCGGAAAUACCAUAUUGAGCACUUUACCUGUUCCGUGUGUCCUACCGUUUUCGGCGCCUCGGACAGCUACUACGAGCACGAGGGCAGCGUCUACUGUCACUACCACUACUCCACCAAAUUCGCCCAGCGGUGUAACGGCUGUCAGACAUCGAUUUUGAAGCAGUUCGUCGAGAUCUUCCGAAAUGGGCAGAACCAGCACUGGCAUCCGGAAUGCUACAUGAUCCACAAGUACUGGAAUGUCAGGCUUCAUUCCACAGGCCAGCCUGUCAUCGAGCGUCUGCAGGAUGCCGAUGGCGACGCGACAGAUGAGGUGCGCGAGAGCGUCCGCCAACAGGAGGAAGAGAUCGAAGCCAAGGUCAACUGGAUCUGGAAGACCCUUUCGGCUUUCGAGGAAAAGUCCGCGACCUGCAUCUCCGACAUGCUCCUGCACGUCAGUAACGGUGCUUAUGUCGACGGUGUCAUGGCAGCCAAAAAGUUUAUUGUGCACGUCGAGCUGCUUUUCGCGGCCGCCGACGCGCUCGAUGCGCAAUUGAUCGUCAGGACACCCAAGGGAUUGACCUAUUCGCGCGAAUCAAAGCUACUUUGUAAGAAAGUGGUAGCCUUCUUCGCGCUUCUUACCCAGUCCCAGGGUACUGGCGUGCGACGACUGGGCGUGACCCAAGAAUUGCUGUCCCUGGUCACUGGCUUAGCCCACUAUCUGAAGCUCCUCAUUCGCAUAUGUCUGCAGGGUUCUCUAAAAUUAGAGCGCGAGACCCGGAGCUCCACCGGUUUGACCAACUUCCUUACCCAAGUAAACUCACUCGAUGCCCGGUUGGAGGACGAGGCCCAAAGAGACCAGGCGGCUGAGUCCGCGCGGCUUGUCCCAAGAUGGGCUGACGCAUGUCCAAUAUGCGAUGCCCAGGUCGAAGACAAGUGUUUACAUCUAAACAACAUGUCGUACAACUACAGCUGUAUGCCAGACGCUGAGAACGGUUUCGAGCAGGUCACCAAGCUGCGUCAAUAUGUGCACCUACUAAACGUGGCGCAUGCGCGUCUUAUGGCAACCCUACGAUCCAGUGGCGCAUUGCCACACACUUCAGAUGAUCCCAACCUGGCAGGCUAUGAUUCCACACAGGGACAUCGCCUUGGGGAUGACCCGCCGCAUUUGCGACCGGACACACGAUCAAAGUCGUAUGGAGGGACAUCAGCAACAGACAGUCAAAACAGCAACAACGCCGCCUACGAGCAAUCCAUGUCUGAUAUCAAGCGCCUACGAUCGACACGACUUGACAAGCACCUAUCCAAUACGAUGAAACGUGCUCGCGCAUCACGAAUCAUUGAUGGUCCAGAGGGUCUCGAAGGAGAAGGACAAAUGCGAGGAGGAAUGCAAAUCGUUCAGGAACGCGAGCUAGGAGGCGAUGCCGACGCUGUAACACUCGCUGUGAACUCUCUCGCUUUAGACGACAUUGCUCGCAUGGCUGCGUUGGAGCAGCAACGAGAGCAACGUCCAAAUGCAUUCCGCGCUGGUGGAAGCGCACUACUGGGACGAGAAGAUCAACCGAAGCUGCAGAAUGGCCAUCGUCGCGACUUCUCUGGCGCCCAGGAUCUACAACAGAUGACCGAGGGUCGUUCACGAACCUACUUUUCGGAGCUGUCGCCACUUGAAUACUUCAAACUGAAGGGCCUUGCAGUACUCCAGCUUGGCCUUCUGCUCGACGACAAUCAGUACAACCAGGGCGAUUUGCUCGAUCUCAUCGAGUCGAAGAAAAACAACUUCUGGGGCAAGAUCGGGUUCGGCAAAGCGUUCAAGGCCGACAAAAGCAAGCCGAAGAAGGGCGUUACAGGAGUCGAGAAGCCAGUUUCCGACAAAGCAACUUUCCGACAGUCGCUUGAGUACCUCGUGGAAAAGUAUGGUGAUGAGUGCACGGAAGGUGUAGGACCGGGCGCUCUCAAAGUUCCAGCUCUGCUUCAGGAUUGUAUCACUGCGAUGAGAAGUAUGGACAUGUCCAUCGAGGGUGUGUUCAGGAAGAACGGCAACCUCAAAGCUCUACGCGAACUUGAGGAAGAGAUUGACGCCCAUGGUGUUCAGAAGGUCGACCUGAAUACUAAGAACCCGGUCAUACUCGCCAACCUCCUGAAGCGCUUCCUCAGGUUGAUGCCUGAGCCGGUAUUGACAUUGAAGCUAUAUAGGCUGUUCAUGGUGGCUAAUGACAUUGAGGAUGAGGCACAAAGAAAGAAAGUCUUGCAUCUCGUGCUUUGCCUGCUACCCAAGGCCCACCGCGACACAAUGGAAGUCCUGUUCUGCUUCCUCAACUGGGUUUCAUCGUUCCACACGGUGGACGAAGAAACAGGCAACAAGAUGGACACCUGGAAUAUCGCCACCGUUAUGGCUCCCAACAUUCUGCGAGAGAGCAACGACAAAGAAGUCAAGAGCGUGGAUCAAGGCGCGGUCAAGGUCGUGUUUGAUCUCAUCGAAAACAACGAUGAGUUCUCGGAGGUACCUCCCGAGAUCAUGGAACUACUCAGCGAUGAAGUGUCGGACAUGAGCGCGAAGGAAAUCAUGCGCCAAUGGGAGCAGCGGGGGAAGAACCCUCUGUCAGCUCCUACGCCAUCACCCAGAGACCAAACCGGCACAGCUUCCAGGAAAGACCAGCGCAAUUCGCCUCAAGUUACGACGGCGGACAACAACCCCUCGGCUCAAGCUGGCGAAGCGUCCGUUCGCCAGAUCCCCGGCGGGGGUGCUCAACCUAUGGGCAGCAAUCAGCACAGCCCCACACCAGGGUACGACCGAAAUACACCCAACCCUGCAUUCGCCCAGAAUCCCCAAGCUUCUUCCGACGGCCACCGCACUGCAUCGCCUCAUCGGCACAGCUACCGCUCGCCCGGCUUCCAAAAACACACACAGAUUGGCACCGCGGGCGCUGGAUGA